CACCCCCACAAAGAGUUACAUAUAGACAAUGCAUACAACACACAGUGUGUGUGAGAGAGAGAGAGCAAGUGCCAUUUCAACUCUCGAUUUUCUCACUCUCUCUCCACUGCCUAACGACUACAAAUCAUUUCUAUCUCUCUGUUUCUUUCUCUCUCAAAAUUUUCUAUACUUUUCUCCGCGGUGAUCUCUCCAAAUAGGGGCACUUUCCUGAAUAACAAGCAUCAGUUGAGUAUAUAUCGAUCGCAUAUGAUAAAGAAGAGAUUUGGUGUAGUGAGAGAAAGUCGAGGUUUGCGAUGGAGAUUACGUCGAAGGACGAGAGAGGCGGUGCGCCGGUGUUGGACAUUGGUACCAAGUCCACCGUCGGCGGCGGCGGUGAAGAUGUCUACGGUGAGGAUCGUGCGACUGAGGGCCAGCCCGUCACCCCUUGGACAAUCUCUGUUGCCAGGAAAACAAGCAUUAGUUGAGUAUAUAUCGAUCGCAUAUAAUAAAGAAGAGAUUUGGUGUUGUGAGAGAAAGUCGAGGUUUGCGAAGAUUACGUCGAAGGACGAGAGGGGCGGUGCACCGGUGCUGGACAUUGAUUCCAAGUCCACCGUCGGCGGCGGCGUUGAAGAUGUCUACGGUGAGGAUCUUGCGACUGAGGACCAGUCCGUCACACCUUGGACAAUCUCUGUUGCCAGUGGGUAUUCUUUGUUGCGGGACCCACAUUAUAACAAGGGGCUUGUGUUCACAGAGAAAGAGAGAGAUGCUCAUUACUUGCUUGGUUUCUUACCACUCGUGGUGAAGAAAAUGAUGCACAAUAUUCACCAACAUCAAGUUCCACUUCAGAAGUACAUGGCCAUGAUGGACCUUCAGGAGAGAAAUGAGAGGCUGUUCUACAAGAUUCUCAUUGACAAUGUUGAGGAACUUCUCCCGAUUGUCUACACUCCAACUGUUGGAGAGGCUUGCCAGAAGUAUGGGAGCAUUUUCAGACACCCUCAGCAGAAAGGGCUAAGGGAGACGACCACCAAAGCUCCUUUGGAAGAGAUGCAUAAGAAGAUCUGGCUUGUGGACUCAAAGGGAUUAAUUGUUAGUUCCUGUAAGAAUUCCCUUUUACACUUCAAGAAACCUUGGGCUCCCGAACAUGAACCUGUUAAGGAUCUUUUAGAAGCUGUCAAGGCUAUCAAGCCAACAGUUCUAAUUGGUUCAUCUGGAGUGGAAAGAACAUUCACAAAAGAGGUGAUCGAGGCCAUGGCCUCCUUCAAUGAGAAACCUCUCAUUAUGGCUCUCUCCAACCCAACCUCGCAAUCUGAGUGCACAGUUGAAGAAGCUUACACCUGGAGUCAGGGACAUGCAAUUUUUGACAGUGGAAGUCCAUUUGACCCUGUAGAAUACAAUGUCAAACUCUCUCUACCCGGUCAGGCAAAUAAUGCAUAUAUUUUCCCUGGAUUUGGUUUGCGUUUGGUCAUCUCUAGUGCAAUUCAUGUACACGAUGAAAUGCUUCUGGCAGCCUCGGAGGCUUUGGCUGAGCAAGUAACAAAAGAGAAUUUGGACAAGGGUUUGAUCUAUCCAUCAUUCUCUAAUAUCGAAAAGAUCUCUGGCCACAUUGCUGCUAAUAUGGCUGCUAAAGCAUAUGAACUUGGGUUGGCAAUGCAUCUCCCUCGGCGUGAUAAUCUGGUGAAGUACGCUGAAAGCUGCACGUAUACUCCCAAUUACAGAAGCUUUCGAUGAAUUGUCGAAUUGUGAGCACAAACUAUGGCUAGUAGUUAAUGUAGUGUGUUUCUUCAGAGUCUAUUAUAUAUUCUUGUUUGGUGUCUCUCCUUUUCCCUCUACAUUCCAAUCAUGAUGUUUCGGAACUUUUGUGGUGUUGUAAGCUUUAGAGUUUAUAUUAGAACCAUGACAGUAAGAGUCGGGUUGGAUGAAAGGUUGGUAUUAGUUGAAACAUUAUCAACUUCAGUCUCUACUCGCUACUCACUACCAGUUUAGUACUCUCUGUGAAGUCACAAAAGCUGUGGAAAUAUGUAGAAAUUCAGACUGACCUGUGAAGCAUCCGCUGCGAUGGUACUUGUAGAAUUAACCACUUG